UUCUUCUUUUCGCAUCUACGAAAAAGAAGGAAAAAAAAAUCUAAGAAAGCUGAAUAAAAGGAAAGAAAAGCGGUUGAUUUUUUUUCCUCGGUUCCUUUCUUCAUCUCUUUUUGUUUGUUUCCUUUCAAUUAUUUGUUGCGAAUCUCAUUUUCAUAGACUUGUUAAAGAAAAUCUUUCAUACAAUUUCCCUUUGAAAAGAAUAUUUUGUUCUCUAUUCGUCCAUUAGUAAGUAUAAAUCGUGAAUCCACUUUUUGUGCUCUGCAAAUUGUUUGUAAUGCAGUUCAUCAAUACAGAAAGAACUGAAAAUUUCAUUAAUUUUUUUCCUGGUUUUUUAUUUUGUUGAUUUGUGGUUUUGGAAAUUCUUCUUAAAUUUUUUUGAUAACUUUGGAGUAACAAUAGUAAUGAUAUUUAGUGUGUGAGAUCUUAAUUUCAUCUUAUUUGCCCUAAACUUUAGCUAGUAAUGUUAACUAAUCCGGGAUGAAAUAUUCUAUGAUUAGUGUCUUUUUUUAAGGAGUAAUUCUGUUUGUUUCUAUUAAUUACUAUAGUAUGUGAAAACUGCAUAAUGAUGAUCAAUUAUUUAAAUGAUUUCUGAUAUUUGAUUUCUUUUUCAAAUUGUAGUUUUUUAUUCCAGAUGUAUCUUUUUCAACAUAUUAUUGUAAUUGGAUAUAAACUCAUUAUAUAAAUUUUGUUUUUUUUGGUAGUCCCUGUUGGAUUCUUGGUUAUGUUUAUCUCCUAAAAUAUUUCGUAAAGUUAGACUUCACAUUAUAUAUGGCUGUUCUAAGACAAUGUUUGGAGCCAGGGUCUUACGUACUGGUGUAGACAGCCUUCAUGUUUAAAUAGGUUUCUUGUCAGAUUAAAUAAGAAAACAAGUGGUGUAAUUUCUGGUUGGCUUUAGCUUUUGCAGCUAUAAAAUCCUGUUAGCUUGAAUAGGGGAGUGCCAUGCUAAACUAAGAUGAAGUCCCCACAGGUAAUAAUGGUGCAAUAUUAAUCCGUUAUAUCUCUUUUAUAUAUCAGCUUCUUCUUUUCUUUUUUACCUUUGUGUUAAUUUUUCUCAAUGGAAGAAAUGCCCUGAUUUUGAAUUUGUACAUCAGUUAGUCAAUGAACUUCGCUCCGACCUUCAGUUAGUUUUGAAUGGGAUACUAGUACAUACCAACUGCAUUCCAUCUACACAGAUGGAUUACAUUGUGAUUCCACAUCGAAAGUCUUGAUCUACUGUUUAUUUCUUUUUCCCUCGCGGUUUGUUCUUUCAAGAACUAUAUUUGAGAGAUAUGGAGUUGUGGAACUUUAUUUGGUGGUAUCGGAAGUCAUAAAAACUCUCCAAGAAAGUCCAGAUGAUUGAGAAACAUUGGUCAACUACCAUUAAUCAUGAGAGGAUAUGUAGAUUUUCCUUUGAAUGCUUUUUGUUGGGAAAAUUUAUUCUUAAAGGAUAGCUUGCCUGCUUGUAGAAGCUGUGAAUUUGAUAAUGCUUUCUACCAGAUUUCCCCUCUUCCACUUCAAAAGUAUAUCAAGGGCGCAAACAAAGUGCGCAGUGGAGCACGUUCACAACAUACCUCAUGUACAAUAUCUCAUCCCAAAUGCUCUAGAGCGAGAGUAUGGGAGGAUACACAAAGCACGUCUGAGAUACCAUCCUCAGCCCAAGAAGUUUCACAGGAAUUGCAGGGUGACCUGCCGAACAACACAUCCAAUGAUGCUCCUUUAACGGAUUCAAUAUCUAAAUCUGGAUCCAGCAAUGAUAGCAGGAAAGUCUCUCGUGAAGAUAUUGAACUUGUCCAGAGUUUAAUAGAAAGAUGCCUACAGUUUUAUAUGAAUAGGGAUGAGGUGGUACAGACUUUGUUGAAUCGAGUGCGAAUCGAGCCUCAAUUUACAUCAUUGGUAUGGAAGAAACUGGAAGAAGAAAACACUGAAUUUUUCAGAGCUUAUUACAUAAGGUUAAAGCUGAAGAAACAGAUCAUUUUGUUUAAUCAUUUGCUUGCACAUCAAUAUCAUCUCAUGACAUAUCAAGUUCCAGUGCCACCCAAGAUUUCCUUGGCCCCAAUCCAGAAUGGUAUUCAUCCCAUGCCUGCUAACAAUUUACCUAUGGGGUACCCUGUUCUACAACCACCACCAAUGUCCGUGGCAGGUCAGCCACAUCUCCAUGCCAUGAAUUCUGGUCUUUCUAGAUGUCAAGUGGUAAAUGGAGUCUCUGCAACAGGAAAUCUUCACCCUAUUCAAGUAAACUCGGGCAGUGAUGCGAGUACUGCGGGACUUAUUAUCCCUCCUAACAGUGCCAUGCCAUCCAUGUCAGAAGUAGCCAUCAGUCCUGCAUCAGUGGCUUCCAGUGGUCAUUUUCCAUUUACUACAUCAGAGAUUUCAGGAACGAGUGUAGACACAUCAGCUCUUGCCACAGCAUUCACAUUAGAUGUGGCAAAUUCAGUAGGAUUACAGCUGGGUGCAGAUAGUGGAAGGGAUUCCCUCAGAUCUUUAGCAAAUAUUCCUUGGAAUUUUAGCUUGUCAGACUUAACAGCAGAUUUGAUAAACUUGGGAGAUCUUGGAGAUCUGGGAAACUAUCCAGGGUCAGCCUUCCUGCCUUCUGAUUCGGAUCUUUUGCUGGACUCUCCAGAACAAGACGACAUUGUUAAGGAUUUUUUUGCUGAUUCUGUCCCCGGGGAGUGCUCUCAGUCCGAUGAAGAUAAACUAUGAACUACUAUGGCGAGUCGUUCCCUCUGUUUCCCUUAAAUAGUUUGCAACCUUGGUUAGGCUGAAAACGAGAAGUUUAAAUCUUACAUCUUCGUAACUUGGUAAUGUUAGCAUUUCCAUAAAAUUUAGACACUGUUUUAGAAUGUUAUAUGGUCUACAUUAGUUUGAUAAGUGCAGUCUGAUAUGCUCAUUGCUGCUCCAUUUUCUCCUCCAUACCAAUCUUUGUCAAUACCGCUCUAGCCGGUGAUCUUGGAGUAUAUAUGCAUCUUCUACUUAAUGGACACGUGUAAUUUACUGUGCCAACAAAUGGCGCCUAUUUCUGAAAACUGAAAUCGUCUGCUGCUCACUGUGAAUAAAUUUAUCUUGGUAUUGAUUAGAGAACUCA